AUGACAUGGCAGUAUCGCAUGUGCGGGAUGGGAGACGAGAGGUUGCCGAGAAUUGUAUGGAAGGCGAAGUGGGCAAACAAAAAGAGGGGUAGACAACCCACGGAAUGGGUCAAGGUUGUAGAGGACGUAUGGAAGGGGCUCGACAUCGACGAAGAUGAAACGCUGGAAACGGAGGGUCUACAGGGGUUCAAGGAGAAGAUAUCUGUUGCUUGUGCCGAGAGAGAAGAACAGAAUCUGAGGAAAGAAUCCAAGGAUAAGGAGGGUCUAGAAGUGUACGGAAUGUUGAAGGAAGGAAUAGGGUUCAAGGACUACCUACAUGGACCAAUGGAUGCAGGAACAAAGCUUAAGGUCAAAUUCAGGACCGGGGACAUAGGCCUUCGAGAACGUCGACGAAGACAUAGGACGAUAGACGACGAUGACGACGAGUUUAAAUGUGAUUGCGGCUUCGAAUGCGAAGACCGUGUUCAUGUAGUCGCGGAAUGUCCGUUGUACAAGAAGGAGAGGGAAGUGUACGUGACUGAGCUGGGAAAAAUAGAUGGAACGUACAGGGAGAUGUUUGAGGCAUGGAAUAGAGAGGAAAGGACGGUAGCUGUACUGGGGCAUAGGAGGUGGGUUGAAAAGGCGGGAAGGGAUAUCGUUAGGAUAGACAGACUAGGGAAGACAUUUUUGAGCCACCUUUGGCAAAGUAGAAAGGAACGAUUGGCCAUCGGUGAUCGGUCCUGUGGGAACAAUGCUCCGUCCUCUCGAGGACGCGUGGUCAAUGGUCUAACCGCUAAGACAUGCAAAACAUAA